AUGUCAGGAAUCAUUGCUCCUAGAAACCCAAACAUGCCUCCAUAUCAAAAGAGUCCUAUCCAAUUAGGUGGUUAUACAAUUUGUUCUAAAGAAAUCCAUAUAGGAUUUGACUCAAUUACAAAACAAAUUGAACGGAAACUUGUAAGGCGAGGAUUUCAAUUUAAUAUUAUCUGUGUUGGCCAAACAGGACUUGGAAAAUCUACACUAAUAAACACAUUAUUUUCUGCACAUUUGGUUGACAGUAAAGGGCGUUUAAACGCAGAAGAGCCAAUCCGUCAAACAACAGAAAUUCACACAGUUUCUCAUAUUUUGGAAGAAAAUGGGAUCCAUUUAAAACUAAAUAUUGUAGACACACCGGGAUAUGGAGAUCUUGUCAACAAUGAUCGAUGUUGGGAUCCCAUUAUCAAAUAUAUUAAAGAUCAGCAUUCUUCUUACUUAAAAAAAGAACUUACAGCGCAAAGAGACCGACAUAUUCAAGACACACGUAUUCAUUGUUGUUUAUUUUUUAUCCAGCCAUCAGGCCAUUCCCUUAAACCAAUUGAUAUUGUAAUGCUUAAGAAGCUUACAAAUGUAGUUAAUGUGGUACCUGUUAUUGCAAAAUCAGACGCUUUAACAGUAGACGAGCGCAUAGCAUUCAAAAAAAGAAUCCGUGAAGAACUUGGUUUCCAUGGGAUUCGAACAUACCCAUAUGAUAGCGAAGAAUCAAGUGAUGAAGAAAGGGCUUUAAAUUCACAGAUUAAAAACAUUAUUCCAUUUUGCAUUGUUGGAUCUGAAAAAACAAUUACCGUUGACGGAAAGGUUGUUCGUGGACGCCAAAAUAAAUGGGGAGUUAUCAACAUUGAAAAUGAAAAUCACUGUGAAUUCAUAUAUUUGAGAAAUUUCUUGACGCGUACACAUCUACAAGAUUUGAUUGAGACAACAGCACAAAUCCAUUAUGAAAACUUCCGCAGUCGCCAACUGCUCGCACUUAAAGAGUCAUCUGCAAUGGGUUCUGGACCUCGGCCCAUUACCCGAGGUUCCAUGGGCGAUAAUAUGUCAUAG